GCAUUGAUUUCAGUCAGUAUUGUUUAAGAUGCAGGUUCUUUCGCUGUUAUUAUUGUUGUUUGCUUCCGGCACUGUUUCGGGCUCUUACGGCGAAAACGGUAAAAUAUCUGGCGCAGGUGUGGAUUCGAGCAACAAGUUAUCGAGCAAACUAAAUGAAGGGUAUCGAUUCAAAGGCAUUGGCAGUUCAAAGGUCGGCAACCAAGUGGAAGUCGUAACCAUUGCAGUGAGUGUAAUACGUACUGGUAAGAAGCCACGCCGUAGACCUACACAGCCUGCUGAUGGCCCUUCACCAAUUUUUAGAGUACACCAAUCAGCACCAGUUGGAAAGUGAAAAUCAAUAUGCAUAUAUGCCUGAUUGAAUAUGAAUCUAGCUCACGCGUGAGAUCUCAAAUGAUAUAAUGAUCGAAAAUACUAAACAAAUAUAUUGUAUUAAGAGAA